AUGGAGAACUUCCAGAAGGUGGAGAAGAUCGGGGAGGGCACCUACGGCGUCGUCUACAAGGCCCGGAACAAGGUCACGGGGGAGGUGGUGGCGCUCAAAAAGAUCCGCCUGGACACAGAGACCGAGGGCGUCCCCAGCACGGCCAUCCGGGAGAUCUCGCUGCUGAAGGAGCUCAAACACCCCAACAUCGUCAAGCUGCUGGACGUGAUCCACACGGAGAACAAGCUGUACCUGGUCUUCGAGUUCCUGCACCAGGACCUGAAGAAGUUCAUGGACGACUCCUCCCUUGGCAUCGCCCUGCCUCUCAUCAAGAGCUACCUGUUCCAGCUGCUGCAGGGCCUGGCCUUCUGCCACGCGCACCGCGUGCUGCACCGCGACCUCAAGCCCCAGAACCUGCUCAUCAACGCCGACGGCGCCAUCAAGCUGGCCGACUUCGGGCUGGCCCGCGCCUUCGGGGUGCCCCUGCGCACCUACACGCACGAGGUGGUGACGCUGUGGUACCGGCCGCCCGAAAUCCUGCUGGGCUGCAAGUACUACUCGACCGCCGUGGACAUCUGGAGCCUGGGCUGCAUCUUCGCCGAGAUGGUGAGGGGGGGGCGCGCGCUGUUCCCAGGGGACUCGGAGAUCGACCAGCUCUUCCGCAUCUUCCGCACGCUGGGCACGCCGGACGAGGCCGCCUGGCCCGGCGUCACCGCGCUGCCCGACUACAAGCCCACCUUCCCCCGCUGGGCGCGCCAGGAUUUGGGCAAGCUGGUGCCGCCGCUGGACGAGGACGGCCACAAGCUGCUGGCGCAAAUGCUGCACUACGACCCCAACAAGCGCAUCUCGGCCAAGGCGGCGCUGCGCCACCCCUUCUUCCACGACGUCACCAAGGUGGUCCCCAACCUGCGCCUGUGAGCGGGGGGGGGGGGACACG